GCCGCAGUCGCUGGCGGGCGAGGUGCGAGCCGGGCUGCCGGGCCGGGCGAUGCAGGGGGGGCGGCUGCAGGCCGGGCCCGCCGCCGCUGGAGGCAGCUGAGCCAGGGAGGGGCGCGCCGAGCCGAGCCGGCUUUGUCCGCAGCCCGGGGAGGGCGUUGCGCGCGGCUCUCCCGCUCCUCUCCGGCGGCGCGGAGCGGCGCGGCGCAUCGCGCCGGCAUGGCUGGCGGCGGCUUCCGGGCGUGCUGAUCGCCGGGUCGGGGCCGGGCCCCCUUGGCGCCAUGGGGAACAUCUCGUCCAACAUCUCGGCCUUCCAGUCGCUGCACAUCGUCAUGCUGGGCUUGGACUCGGCCGGCAAGACGACGGUGCUGUACCGGCUCAAGUUCAACGAGUUCGUCAACACGGUGCCCACCAUCGGCUUCAACACGGAGAAGAUCCGGCUGAGCAACGGCUCGGCCAAGGGCAUCAGCUGCCACUUCUGGGACGUGGGCGGCCAGGAGAAGCUGCGCCCGCUCUGGAAGUCCUACAGCCGCUGCACCGACGGCAUCAUCUACGUGGUGGACUCGGUGGACGUGGACCGCCUGGAGGAGGCCAAGACGGAGCUGCACAAAGUCACCAAGUUCGCCGAGAACCAGGGCACGCCCCUGCUGGUCAUCGCCAACAAGCAGGACCUGCCCCGCUCCCUGCCGGUGGCCGACAUCGAGAAGCAGCUGGCCCUCCACGAGCUCAGCCCGGCCACCGCCUACCACGUCCAGCCGGCCUGCGCCAUCAUCGGCGAGGGCCUCACCGAGGGCAUGGACCGCCUCUACGAGAUGAUCCUCAAGCGCAGGAAGAGCCUCAAGCAAAAGAAGAAGCGGUAGGCCGGCCCGGACUGCCCCGGACGCUGCUCCGACCUCCCGACUCUCCGCAGCUGGGGGGGGGGGGCGGGAAGUGCCGUCAAGUCAUAGCCGACUCACGGCGACACCCCCCCUGCUGGUGGUUCGCCAUUGCCUGCCGCUGCAUCGCCACCCCGGCCCUGCUUGGCGGCCUCCCAUCCAAGUGCUAACGGAGGCGGACCCUGCUUAGCUUCCGAGAUCGGGCUGGUCUGAACUAGCCUUUGAAAGCUUCUACCCUGAAAAGCUGGUUGGUCUCUAAGGUGCCCCUGGACUCCCCUCCUGCUCCUCUCUGCGGCAUCCCACAGCAGACGGGGGCAUAUUGUGCUGGCUGGUGCUUGGGAGGCAGGGCAGAUGAGCCCCCCAGUCACUGAGCCAGAGGAGAAAACCUCCCCUGGACAAUCGUGUUCUUUCUAGCAGGGCUAGAAGCAGGGCAGGGGUGGGCUGUUUCUCCCGGCUGCUGCAGCUGCAGUGGAACGAUACACCUUAUUGCUUCUUUCCCUUCCCCAUCCCUCUGGAAGAUUUCCUUUGAAACAGAAAUGGGAGGCGAAAAACCGGGAUUGUCAUAACAGGGCCGGACUCUGUUGCCGCUGGAGAAAGGUUUGCGCUCCCAUCUGGGUACCGAGGCCACGUGUGCAUGAAGAGCCAGACUUGAAAAAUAUUGCUUGAGUGGGAUGGAGGAAAUAGAUGCUGUGGGGGUGGGUGGGGGGUCCUGAUACAUAAAAGACGUUGCUUGGCUUAUGGCUCUUUGUUGGAAGAUGGAGAAAGGGUUUCCUACGAAGGCGGGCGUCCAAGAUCUCCCAGGCGUUUAGGGGCCAGCCAAUCAGCAAAACGCCUGGAAGCGGUGAAUGGGGGGACGCAGUGGUUCGUGUGCUCGGAAGGAAGCCUCCCCUUUCAUUUCAGUGGGACGUGGAGAUCGCCCCUCCCACCAAUGGUGCCAGAAGGCGGGGGGGGGGGAGUUUUCCUUUGGAAGGCAGAUGGGCAUCCUGUAUAUGGCACCCAUGAAUUCCUAGACGGAAAGAGAAUUCUGUAUCUUAAUUGUGUGUGAUGUGAGCGGCUGGUUUGGUGGGAAGCCAGCUGCUGCCUGGUGCUUCAUUCUAAGCAUUCUGCAGGGAGAUCUUCUUCUCUCUUCUUGGCAAGUCCUCACACUGUAGCAAUAACCAGGAAAAUCGUCUUAUACCUACUCAGUGAAACAUCAAACAUGGUGUCGUCUCCCCCCCCCCCCCCAACACACACACACAUCGGAUUGAAAGAGGUAGAGCUGCAUUUCAGUUUCUUACUCAUAUCCUGUCCUGGUUGCUUUCGUGAGCUAGAGGAGCAAAAAUGAAAACCACGGUGGGGUGUGGGGGGAGGUAAAAUUCAGCUGAGCUGGUGAGUAUACAGAAAGAUUCUGAGUCAAGUGAAAAAUAGUUGGGUGCAAAUUGCUGCUUCUCCAAACUAUCAAGUAUUUCACUGCCUUCUCUCCCCCCCCCACCCCCAAAUCAUGUUCUUUUGAAUCUGUGGUUCAGAGCUGUGGCAGCUGAGGGUAAAGAAAAAGGGAGCUGUAAUCCAGCAGCCCAGUGGAACCUUAAAAGCCAAAAACAUUUAUUCCAUGAGUUUUCACGAGUGAGAGCUCUCUCCUUCAGAUGAUGCGAAGGGGAAAUAGUUCUCCACAUUUUUAUAAGAAAAGUUACAAAAUGGGAAAGGAGGGAGGCUGGAAUAGAUGUGGUUAGUCUUUAAGUUGCCACUGGUCUGCUGAUUUAUUUUGCUUCAAUAGACUAAUAUGGCUACCUCUCUGAAGAUGUAAUCCACCAUUGCAAAACUUGAUUUUGGAAGUGUUGGAGAAAGCUGGCAUCCUCAGCAGAAAUCCUGUAUGCAGGAUCCUUGCUUGGAAGCAAGCCAAAUUAAAUUCAGUAGGAUGUAGUUCUGAAUAAGCAUGUAUAGGAUCAGGUUGUAAGGAUGAAGCCCUAUGCGCACUUAUUCCUAAGAGUGCACUUCAUUGAGUUUGUGGUCUGAACGACUAUACUUACUGAUCAGGCUACACAGCCAAUGACAGUAUGGAUUGCGUUUCAGUAGGAAAUAACCUUUUCUCCAACAAUUGUUACAGUCUCUGUAAAUGAAAGUUAAUUUAAAGGAGGAAGCAUGUGCCUGCCACGGAAGUGUUGCAUCUGCGACUCUUAAUUUCUGGAGCCUGGAAAACCAACUUCCUACUUAAGGAUGUUUCAAAAGUAGCAACAGAAUAAGAUUAAUUUGAUACAAGGAGAAGGAGAGGAAGAAACCAACCCCCCCCCCCACACACACACAACUGAUUUUCCCAUUCAGCAAUGAGUUCUCCCAGUGAAUUUUUAUGGAAAUCGAUAUCCAGUAAGAGACGCCAACUUUUUUCCGGCAGUUUCCCUGUGCCAAUAAAUAGCUCUGCAAUAGCAAAUACUCAGAAAGUAAUUUUUUUCCCAUUGCUGUAUUGGGGGAGAGGGGUCAGGAAAAGCUUUACCUGCUGAAUAUUUGCCUGUUCUCUAGUUGUUAAAGGCACAAGAGCCCUGCCAGAUAAAAAGAUGACAGUAGCCUGCAACUGAAAGUAUUCACGUGCCGAAGCUUAAAGAUUUCUGUGUACAUGAGUGGAGAGACGAGUUCAGUGACUGGGCUGGUCCCGUAGGAUUGUGUGUUCUUUUUUUUUUUAUUGUUUGUUCCACCCAACUCUCUCCAGCACAUUUGUUACCCCAUGACUGAGAGAGAAUGUAUUUAUUUUGACACACUGUUUUAAGCCAAAUGCUGUAAUUUUUUUAAACACUGUUAAGGAGCGAGAAAAUACGGUCGGGAUCAAACUCCAUCAUACCAUAAAGCGAGUGUCUGUCUGGAUUUUUAAAAAAAUCAACACAAACUGGUUUCUUGCAAGCAUUAGAAACAAAUGCUGCCGGAGGCCAAGUUGCAUAGGUGCUACGUGAGUGGAGGGGAGGUUCUCACAAGCCCCGUCCAGCAAUAUAAGGUAUUAAAUAUGCCUGUCUCUCUCUUAGACCAACUUCAGAUGGCCUGGAAAUUUGUGAGCUUUUGAGUGACACAGAACUCUUAAUCAGGCAAAAUUGAAGGGAUGUGGAUCGAUGACACUUAUAUACCCCAUUAUUUUUGCUUGAUAAAAAUUCUGUGCAACACUGGAAGAUUUCUCAUACUUUCUGGGACCCACGUAGUAACUCUCUGUUUCGCCUACAGCAAAGCAUUUAAGCAUAUCCCUUGCCUGUUAGGGUAUGUACAUGUGCUUAAUGUUUAAGAUUACAUUUUCAGUAACAGAUACGUAAAGACAAGGUUGAAUAUCAAAUCCAUGGCUGUGGAUUCCUUUGUAGCACCAAUUUUUCUUGGUGCAGAAGAGCAACCUACCAUCUUUACUCACCCAAAAGCAAUUCUGACCAGCUUCUUCCUUAAUGUAUUAUUCAGUCAAAGGGAGAACUGGCAAAAAAGGGUGGCUAAAGUGUUUCCAUCAAAGCUUUAUGAGUGACCCACUCCCAGGUAUUUUGUCUUCUUCAAAUGAUUUGAAGAUUUUUACCAGAUGUUUCCAGAUGCCUAUCACAUUUCAAGAUGUUUCUUUCCACAAUGCGCCAAUUAAAAGUAUUCAAUUCA